CAUUCCUGGUGGAGUUUUAGUGGAACGCUUCUGGGAAAAUGCUAAAGGCAGAUGAUUACUUGAAGAAUGGGAUUAUCACUUCGGGUGUGCCCUUGGUUCUAGCUCACCUGUUCUUUCUAAUGGGCCAAAACAUUGCCAACCAAAGUAUGGAUUCAAAGAAAGAAGAGGUGCCGCUGCCAAAUACAAUAUUCUUAGUCGCUGAAAUUCUUCGCCUUUGGGAUGACCUCGGAUGUGCCCAGGAUGAGAAUCAAAAUGGCUACGACGGGUCAUAUGUGGAGUGUUAUUUGAGAGAAAAUCAAGGCUCUUCGUACCAAAGCGCGAGGGAGCAUGUGAUGGAGUUGAUAUCGAAAUCGUGGAAGCUGCUCAACAAAGAGUGCCUCUCUCUAUGUCCGUUCUCUGCGCCUUUCCUUGAAGCUUGCGUGAAUGCUGCUAAAAUGGUUUCAUUGAUGUACAACUAUGAAGACAAGCAUGGUCUUGGACUCCUACAAGACCAUAUGAAGUCGUUGACCUGUGAUCACGAGACACUUUAG